AUGAACAAAUAUUAUGGUGAUAAGUCACGUGCAUUGCCCUUAUCACAUAACCCGAAUUUCCUAAUUCGGCUAGCGGAGAUCGGUCUUCCGCAUGUCUUGCCGUCAGAGAGCUUCAUCACACAUCGAAAUACCCGGCCUCUUACUUUUCCCCUCCUCGGGAACCCUCUCGUUGUCGACACCGUAACUAUGGCGGCGCAAGCGGCAUUAAUCGCCGAUACCAUUACCGGCAUGAAGCGGGCCUUGCGCAGAGAGCGUGAAGAGAACGGUCCGGACGAUCCGAUCAUGGCACCGACGAACCGAGGGAACAAAAUGCAUGCUAAUGCUAAAUAUGUGAGCGAGGGUGCACUGGGCUACAUCCACGCCGAGGAUUACUACAAGCAGAGAGUUGAGCACGCUGGUUAUACGCGCUACAUUCUUCAGCCGAACCCGAUUCGCUAUGAUUCAGAGGGAGACGAGCUUGAUGAGGAUGAUGAGGAUUCCGAGGCUGAUGCUGCGGCUGCUGAAGAGAACCCGUUCUCUGGAAUUGCGCUUGAGACCCUUCUGUGUCCCCUGAAGCAUCCUUCCGAACUCGCAACCCAUCCUUCCAUGUCCCAAGCAUACACGUCGCAAGCGCUGGAGAACAUGACAGCCGCAGUUGAGCAUAAGCUUCGCCAGGAAAAGGCUUUGCUGUGGCGCGCCAGGAGCCUGCAUAGACAAUUCCUCGGUGAUAGCAAUUGGAUGCCAUGCGGUGCGCUCGAGACGCCUAAUGACCACUUGAUCUUCGACCCCAGGCUUGUCAGUAAUGCCCCGAGCGUAUAUGCCGGCUCGCAGGUUGCAAGUGGGACUGGUACCCCUUCUACCACUAAGGAUCUCAAUGCCCCGCAAGACGCAGCUCAAAAGGUAGCUGCAUCAACAGCCACACAGGACCCCCAGUCGGCACAGAACGGCACAAAAGCCCAGGCCAAUUCAACGCCGAAUGACGUGGAAAUGGCCGAUGUCCCAGCAGAGGGCGAAGCGACCAAGAACGGCUUGCAGCUCAAAUCAGAAGAGACUGAUGCCACCAGAGCAACAACCACUCAGCCGGGGAGAGCGCAAACCCACCCCCCCAACGGGAAACAAGGCACGGACACAACGAAAAAGGCCGGUCCUGUCGACACAACUGAACUCAACGACGACACAGAACAAGACGCCGAAAUGCACGACGGCUCACCCGAACCACCACGGCGAAUGACAACGCGUGCGCAAGCCAAUGCAGUCAAUCCUGACAAUGAAAACGGCUCCCCACUCUCUGACACAGCAUUUCCACUCCCUACCCCCCACCCUCUUUUCCUCGUCCCGGACAACAUCCGCCCCGACCCAAACUAUGGCCUGCCUGCCUCCGAAGCCGAGGAAACCCGCCGUCUGCUCUGGUCGUAUAUUCAGAAGCAGGAAGAGACGGUGCGCGGGGUUGAGCACAUGCUUCAUUCGCUGAAAAGAUCUUGCCGAAUGAAAGCUGAUGUUCUGGAGUGGUGUAAGGCCGAGGGACAUGUUGGCGAGAUGAGUGAUGGAGAGGACUGGUAUGAUCGUGAGCAAUGGGGGCUUGCUGAGGGCGAGGAUUUGAAGAAGGGAACCGAUGAAGAUGAGGUUGAGACUGUUGAUGAGAGUCGGACACAGGGGAAGAGGGGGAGAGGAAGACGACAGUGA